AACUCAUGAAUAUGUAUUGUACGUGCUAAGUACGAAAAAAAUAAAGUAAUUAACUGUGAUAAUGGUGCCAACAUUAAUAAAUCAUAGAAUUUAAAAAAUCAUAGACGUAAUCACAACUCCUAAUCUUAAUAAUCUUAUCGCGUUCGCUACGUCACACUCGAUCAACGCCAAAGUUAAGUAGCAUCUUUUCAUUAAUACCUUUAACACACAAUUGAAGCAAAAUAUUACGCAUUAAAUAUGUGACAAACCCGAAGUAAUGAGUGGAGAAGACAUCGCUUUGAUUGCACCGUCAGAAAAUACCAAGAAAUACGUGAAAACUGAACACAGUGUUGAGGGAUUCUCACUGCAAAGCAGCGAGGAAGAUGUACAUUUGAAAAGUGGCAUUUUUCAUCGAGUUCAAAGUAUCUUUAGCAUACCGAGUAUGACAAAGUUCCGUAGACGCCUUCAGAAAAUGAACUGUUUCAAGACUGAAGAGGAAGAAAUAGCUAUGAUCGAGAUGCCGAGGCAUAAAAGUAUCGACAUUGGCACUGGAUUCGCUCGGAGAAUGUCGCUUUUCCUGUUUACAAAAAGAUCGGUCUGUGUACACCCAUACCAUCCAUUCACACCAAAACAGACCACGAGAAAAAUAUACAAGCCAAAUGACGAUUGAUAUUCUAGGUAGAUGAUCCGAAUAUUUAGCUCUACCGAAGUAGGUAUGAGGAUCACCUAAAACUCAUGUAAUGGAAUCACACUAAUA